GUCGGCUUCUGCGAGAAGGUUCACAGAAUGUAACCAUACUUGUGUGUAUAAGAUGGUUCCAACGUGUUUUAGUAAAGUUCAAUAAUAAAAUAAUAUAAUAUAAUAAUCUCUUGAUUUAUAGUGGUAUUGGGAUAUUUAAGUAGAGUUUAUUCAGCUCACUUUAAAUUAGAAAGUUUAGCAGUAAAAUAGUUCUGUUGGAAAUGGCAGACAAACCUAAACCAUCAAGUUAUGUUAAACAUGUUCCCAAGGAUGCUCAAGUUAUUGUAUCUAUCAUGAAAGAUAUGGGAAUAACUGAGUAUGAACCAAAAGUUAUUAACCAGUUAUUGGAGUUCACAUAUCGAUAUGUAACAUGUAUUCUUGAUGAUAGUAAAAUUUAUGCUAACCACAGCAAAAAGAAAUUUAUUGAUUUAGAAGAUGUUCGACUUGCUGUCAAGCUGCAAUUGGAUCGGACUCUUACAAAUCCACCUCCAAGAGAUGUUUUAUUAGAAGUAGCAAAAGCAAAAAAUUCUAUUCCACUGCCAUUUGUCAAACCAAGUAAUGGCUUAAGAUUGCCACCUGAUCGUUACUGUUUGAAUAAUACUAAUUAUAGGCUCAAGACUCCAUUAAAAAAGUCUGGAAAGUUCGGGUUUGGUAAUAUAGGUUUUGGAAGUCAUUCAAGAAUGAAAAUGGACUCGCAGAAAGGUCUAUCAAUUGUUAAACGUCCAGGAACUUUAGCAACAAUUUCUAGAACUCAAACUAUUUCAAUGUCAAAGCCAGUAUUUAAAAUUUCAUCAGGCAACGUUUUUAAUUCUAAUGCAAAUAAAUCUCAAGUGUCUAAUCAAUCUCAUAUGAAAAUGAUAUCAGAAUCUGAACAAAAUCAAAACUCUGUUGUGAAAUUAGAGCCAGAAGAUUCUGUGAAACGAAAAAGAGAAGAUGAAGAUUAUGAUGCUCCGUAAUUUUUCUGAGGUGAGAGUACACUUAAAUUUUUAGUGGUGAUUUAGAUGAUUUAACAAAAAAAAAAGAAAACAAUACCAGGCAUUGUAUCAUAAAUGUACAAUAAUUUAUCGCUGACAUUUUGUGUGAACCAUUGAGAUAAGUUUUGAAAAUCAUGAUACUUAUACUUUUACCAAUUGUGAAUCACCUGAUUUUUUAUUUAACAAAGCAGGGUUUGCGUGUUUCUAUUUCCAGUAUUCAUCCAUUAUCCAACACAAUUUUUUUUACAACUAACUGUAUAAGUUUAGGUAAUGUAUAGGUAAAAUAAUAAAUUUAGUACUAAUCUAAUGAACCUAUAAGAUGAGCAAAAAUUUAUUUUGUUACAUAAAAAAUCAAAUCAAUUGAUACAACAUUAUGGAAAGGGGCCGAACAUUGGUACAUUUUCAAUUUUAUCAUAAGACCAAUAUUUACUUUUAUUUAUUGUAGCUUUGUAAAUUGUGUACUGCCUAUACUACCAACAAUUGGUGCACUGGUAUUCGAAAUUGCCGAUAAAAGGACAAAGUAAUAUCAAAUUGUUCAAUGUGUUCGCAAUUAAUGAAUGAAAAAACAAAAAUGCCUUUAUUCGCGUUUAUUUCAUGGCCGGUAAUUGGUCUUCCAAAAAAUGUAAAUGUAUCCGGGCUACUUUUACAAUUUUGUAGGUUCAUUAGUUGAGUAUUGAAUUUGUUAAUUUGCUUACAUAUUGCUGAAACUUUUUUUUUAAUUAAUUAAAAAACAAUAUACCGGAUAGUGGGUGGGUGCCAAUAAUAGUAAUACUCAUCAUAUAUAGAUUUAGUUUCAAGCCACGUAAACGUUGCGAGAAAAGUAUAGAUAGAAAAGAAAAAGUGCCAUUUUUAGUAUGCAAUUUGUUUGACACUUCUACGUUUUAGUAGAAAUAUUUUCAAAAAAGUAUUUUACCAGUAAUCGAAGUAGAGUCGACUAAUGACAAUUUAACGUGUAAGGCAAUUAUUGUAAAUAAUAACUUUGAUUAAAAUGAUGAGUGAAACGCAUGAAGAUUUCAGUGUACUCUCUGAAGACUUGUAAAACGUUCAAAUCGUUACAGAUAUUCCUGUAAGAGCGAUUUGAGAAACAAAAAUAUGUACUCAUUUUUUUUUCUAUAAUGAACUUACAAAAUAAACAUU